AUGUAUGUCUCCAGUCUGACUAUAGCUGACAAUAGUGGUCCUACAAUAGCAGACAAUAGUGGUCCUACAAUAGCUGACAAUAGUAGUCCUACAAUAGCAGACAAUAGUGGUCCUACAAUAGCAGACAAUAGUGGUCCUACAAUAGCUGACAAUAGUGGUCCUACAAUAGCAGACAAUAGUGGUCCUACAAUAGCAGACAAUAGUGGUCCUACAAUAGCUGACAAUAGUGGUCCUACAAUAGCAGACAAUAGUCGUCCUACAAUAGCUGACAAUAGUGGUCCUACAAUAGCUGACAAUAGUGGUCCUACAAUAGCUGACAAUAGUCGUCCUACAAUAGCUGACAAUAGUCGUCCUACAAUAGCUGACAAUAGUGGUCCUACAAUAGCUGACAAUAGUGGUCCUACAAUAGCAGACAAUAGUGGUCCUACAAUAGCUGACAAUAGUGGUCCUACAAUAGCUGACAAUAGUGGUCCUACAAUAGCAGACAAUAGUCGUCCUACAAUAGCUGACAAUAGUGGUCCUACAAUAGCUGACAAUAGUGGUCCUACAAUAGCUGACAAUAGUCGUCCUACAAUAGCUGACAAUAGUGGUCCUACAAUAGCUGACAAUAGUCGUCCUACAAUAGCUGACAAUAGUCGUCCUACAAUAGCUGACAAUAGUGGUCCUACAAUAGCUGACAAUAGUCGUCCUACAAUAGCUGACAAUAGUGGUCCUACAAUAGCUGACAAUAGUCGUCCUACAAUAGCAGACAAUAGUCGUCCUACAAUAGCAGACAAUAGUCGUCCUACAAUAGCAGACAAUAGUCGUCCUACAAUAGCAGACAAUAGUCGUCCUACAAUAGCAGACAAUAGUCGUCCUACAAUAGCAGACAAUAGUCGUCCUACAAUAGCUGACAAUAGCCGUCCUACAAUAGCCGUCCUGACUGGCUCUCACUAUCAAGAAAUUCGGAUUCAGUUUCCUAAUGCUCUGAAGAGGAAUUUUUAA